UCUCCAUCUUCACGGCAGACAGAAGGAUGGUGCCUCUGUGUCAGGCAGGCAUGAAGUCAGUUGCUGUAACUUUCUGUGUCCUCUGCUUUCAUUUUGAAGCCCUGUGCAGAGUUGAGAGCUGCUCAUCAAACCCGUGCAAAAACAUAGAUCAGCUCCACAUCCUUGACCCCCAGGUGAUGGUAGAAUUUGAAAAUGGAAACUUCAACUUCACAUUUCCCAACCCCCAAAAUGUGAGCGAGUUCAGCAUGACCCUCUUCAAAGGGAAAGAAAAAAAGGAAAUCUGUUCACUCCAUUUGAAUCAAGAGAAAGUUUUACCCAAGAGUAAUGUCACCUACUGUGAGACAAAGAAUUCAAAUACCAGCACCACUUUCAUUCUUAAAAAUCUGGAAAGAAAGCAUAUUGACAUUUAUACCUACUGUCUGGAGGUAUUCUUCCCCCCUCCUUAUAUAGAGUGCCGCCUGAAAGAAAUCUAUUUGUACAUCAAAGAUAAGGAAGACUGCUUUUUACUGGGACAGGAGUCAUGGAUAAUUAUUGGCCUCAUCAUGGUUUCCCUGAUUUCCUGUGUCUGCUGUGUUGUAGUCUGUUGCUUAAGGAGCAAGAUUCAAAAGUGUGACUCCAACUCCCAUGAGUACAACAGUGAAUAUAUGCCCAUGGCAGCAGUGAAUGCAGCUAAAAAACCAAGAAUCUGAGGUAUAAGUUGCUUGUGGUGCGGAAAUUUUGGAAGCACAGUUUUCCAGCUACUUGAACCUGGACAAUGGGAAAUCAGCAUUUCCUCACCUUUCCCAACCUCCCUGAGCUCUCAUGACGGUCCUGUGCUCAGUCAUGAGACACCCACCCCAGUACUGUUCUGAGCUGUGUUUUGCUCUAGCCUUGUUUGUUAACUGGCACCCUGCCCAACCCACUGACUUGGACAUGAAGUGCCAACAACGUGUUAAAGAUGUCAGCUUGUAGUUGAAGAAAAUGUAGAAAAUGAGUUUGCUUGAGAGUAGAUUGCUGUAGUACUGCUACAGAGAGAACUUUUAUUUUCUAGUCUCCUUUAUGACAAACUUUCCACUGGUGACCAAAAAAAAAAAUAAAAAGACUACCUCCAG